AAGGCAAACCAGGAAGUGAAAGCGCGUCCAUCAGAGUUUCAAUGAACUUCAGUCCCGUUAAGCUUUUACCGUUUGGAUCACAGCUUGUUUUAUACUCCGUUGAUCUGACAGAGGCAGUUUAAGCGGAACUGGCAAUGCAGAAUGUACGAAAACGUCGAGGCAACGAUUUACACAGCACCACCGGUGUUUCAAAGCAAAAUGUCCCGGAGAGGAAAAGGCCAACCUUUCACUUUGACCUGUGGCUCUGUCUGACUCUGCAGAACUGGAUCCUUGACUUUGGACGACCCAUCGCCAUGAUUGUCCUUCCUCUGGAGUGGUUUCCUCUGAACAGGCCAAGUGCGGGAGACUAUUUCCACAUGGCCUACAACGUCAUCACACCGUUCCUUAUGCUCAAGCUGGUCGAGCGCGCCCACAGGCCCGUUUCCCACACAGCCGUCCACCUCUGCAUCGUCACCUUCGUCAUGGGGGCUAGCAUCCACCUGGUGGGAGACUCCAUCAACCACCGGCUCAUCCUGAGCGGCUACCAGCUCCACCUGUCAGUCAGAGAAAACCCCAUCAUCAAGGACCUCAAACCGGCUUCGCUGAUUGAUUCAUUUGAGCUGCUGUAUUAUUAUGAUGAACACCUGGGACACUUGAUGUG